AUGUUGCUGCUGCUGUUCCUGGGGAUUGCUGCAAGCAGAUGCCUACACGAUGAGACACAGAAGUCUGUGAGCCUGCUCAGGCCCCCUCUCUCCCAACUUGCCCCAGACUUCCGUUCUGCUUCCUUCACCCACCCUGGCUCUCGUGAUCCUCAGCCCCUGAGAAUCCGAACCUGCUAUAUCAGAGAUCCUGUAUCAGAUGGGGCUUGGGAUACUGAGGGAGCCGGAAGGAGAGGAGUACCUCAUGCCCUGGUGGCUGCUAGACAGGCCGCUAGGCGACUCCAGGGUGUCCUCGCAGUGCAAGGACCCCUGCUUCUGAGUCGAGACCCUGCACAGUACUGCCAUGCUGUCUGGGGAGACCCAGACACCCCAAACUACCACAGGUGCAGCCUCUUGAACCCAGGGUACAAAGGAGAGAGUUGCCUGGGAGUAAAGAUCCCUGAUGCCCAUCUCCGUGGUUACGCACUGUGGCCAGAGCAGGGUCCCCCACAACUGGUCCAGCCAGAUGGGCCUGGGGUCCAAAACACUGAUUUUCUCCUGUAUGUGCGGAUUGCCCACACUUCCAAGUGCCAUGGAGAGGUGAGGCCCAAAUCAAGUCCUUUUCCGUGUUCUGUCUCUCCUAGUAACUUGGGUCAUGUUGAUGAAGUUUGGGCGGGAGCUAAACCCCUUCAAGUAAUCCCUUGGGACCAUCCCUGCUGGGUUCCGUGGGUGUCUAUUUUCAGAAAGAUUUCUUCUGUGUUCCCCCACAUCCCUGCUUUCCACCGCUACCUUGUCCUGGCCCAUCCACAGCCUUCUAUCAUAGCCUAUGCUGCCUGCUGCCAGCUGGACUCAGAAGACAGGCCCCUUGCUGGUACCAUUGUCUACUGUGCCCAACAUCUUGCCAGCCCCAGCCUCAGCCAUAGUGACAUCAUCACGGCCACACUACAUGAAUUGCUCCAUGCUCUGGGUUUCUCUGGACAGCUCUUCAAGAAGUGGCGGGAUUGCCCCUCAGGACCCGGUGUUCCAGAGAACUGUUCUACAAGGCCACAAGUCACAAGGCGUGAUGAGUGGGGACAGCUGCUUCUCACUACCCCAGCUGUUAGCCACAGCCUGGCCAAACACUUGGGAGUGCUGGGGGCUUCACUGGGUGUUCCCUUGGAAGAAGAGGGCGCUUUGUCUUCACACUGGGAGGCCCGACUGCUCCAGGGUUCUGUAAUGACCGCUACCUUCAAUGGUGCCCGGCGCACUCGACUUGAUCCCGUCACUCUUGCUGCCUUCAAAGAUUCAGGCUGGUACCAAGUCAACCACAGUGCUGCAGAGGAGCUGUUGUGGGGCCGGGGAUCUGGCCUGGAAUUUGGUCUGGUGACCACAUGUGGGGCUGGCUCCUCAGACUUCUUCUGUACUGGCAGCGGACUGGGCUGCCACUACCUGCACCUGGACAAGGGGAGCUGUUCCUCAGACCCCAUGCUGGAAGGCUGCCGCAUGUACAAGCCCCUGGCCAAUGGGAGUGAAUGCUGGAAAAAGGAAAAUGGAUUCCCACCUGGGGCAGACAACCCCCACGGGGAAAUUUACCAUUCCCAGAGUCGUUGCUUCCUUGCCAACCUCACUUCACAACUGCUCCGUGGGGACGAGACCAGGCGUCCCUCUCAGAUCCCACACCUGAAGGAAGCAGAGCUCACUGGCCGCUGCUACUUACAUCAAUGCACAGAAAGGGGAGCAUACAAUGUGCAGGUAGAGGGGUCACCCUGGGCCUCAUGCCUUCCUGGAAAGGCUAUUCAGAUACCUGGGUACCAUGGUCUUCUCUUCUGUCCCCGGGGUCGGCUGUGUCAAACAAAUGAAGGUACCAAUGCUGUUACUUCCCCACCUGUGAGUCUUGCCACCCAAGACCCGUUAUUCCAUCUGUCUUUACAAUUAGCUGGGCCCCCAGGCCACUCUGUGGGGAAAGAAACGCUAGAAGAGCUGACUGAAGCAGUACUACAGGCUCUGGUGAGCAGAGGCCACACUGGCAGGUGCUAUUUCCACAGCCCCUCCACUACCACUGGACUGGUGUUCACUGUGUACAUGUGGAAGUCCUCUGGCUGCCACGGGCCUUCGGUUGGUAUGCUGCACAGGGCCCUGACCCUGAGUCUCCAGAAGAAGCCCCUGGAAGUAUAUUAUGGAGGAGCCAGCUUUACCACAGAACACAUCAAGUCACUGGUUACCUGGGACCAUAAUUCCUCCAUGACUCAUCUAGGGCUGUCCAUGGGACUCUGCCUAACACUGCUUAUCCUGGUGGGUGCACUGGGAACCAUGGCCUAUCAGAGAAGAGCUAUUCUCCAGGUGGCACCAGCUGCCCCUCACCAUUCACCAGAGCUCCAAGAAACAAGGGGCCCAGUUGAAGGAAUAAGAGAGGUGUGA